AUGGAUAUUAUUCGAGAAGCUCAGAUAAUUCAAUCUUUUGAUCAAGAAUCAUCUGAUGAUGAUAUUGAUUCUGAUGACUCUAAUCUAACGACAACACCAAGAACAAUUAUUUCAUCAAUGCAAUCAAUGCAAUUACCAUCAAUAAAACAUAUUCAAUCUAUUUUAAUGCAUUAUCAUACCCUCCGAACUUUUUAUGACUGGUAUUAUUCUGAUAGCCUAUGGAGCUUAUGUAUUCUCUCUUCUUCUCCUGGUUAUGCUUCAGGACCAAAAAAAACAGUUAUAACAGGAAUUGAAAAGGAGAUGUACCACUCGAUUGGCAAAGAAUUACCAGGUGUUACCGCUUUAUCAGAAAAACAAUAA